CCCACUUCUGUAGCCCAUAUAUCGGACAGCGAUAGCCGAAACUGUAUGUUUCUUUGCUCGCUUUCACACAAGUCAGAGCUGCGAAACACGCAGCAGUUGGCGCAAUGGCGGCCCAUCGAUACACCUGCGUUGGCUUCUCGCCUAAGGCGGACAGGAAGCGCAUCGACUUCCUCAACCCGAUGCCCAACCAGCGCGUAUGCAGCGUCUGCAGCGUCAUUCCCGACGUUGCCUUCAGCCUAGGCUGCCGCCACGUCUUCUGCACUGCCUGCAUGAACGAGCUGAUGCGCAACUCGCCUGUUGCCGUCUGCCCGUUCGACGACAAGGAGUUCCGAAACGUAAGCGUAAGCUGGGACUCCGCGUCCGAAGGGUACGUAGGCUCGCGCAAGUCCUACUGUCUCAACAGGGCAUUCGGAUGCACCUAUGUCGGCCGCAUGUCCGAAAUGAUGGAGCACUAUUACCGCGAGUGUGACUACCACGUAGUCUACUGCGGCUGCUGCGCAAAGCCCGUUGCCAGGGUGAAUGUGUUGGUUCAUCUCCGCGAGGGAUGCGGUGUCGGUAUCCUGACCUCGGAAAACGCAUUCCUCUCGGACACUGCCUUUGACGAUGACGCAGACAAGUGCCUGUCUGCGGCCCGUAAUAACAUUACCAACUUCAUCAACCGCACUACGAGGAAAGUGAGUGCGGUCGAGAACAGGACACAGGGGAGCAGUGACGUCAGCGACGUGCUUCGAGUUGGAGGCGGGGCAGCCUCUUCGAGACAUGUCGAAACAACGUCAGACACGACUCAGAUGAACCAGAUCAAAAUGAACUUGGAACCAGUGGUGUUCUCAACGCGUAAUGACGACGCCCUAACAACCUUCGUUCCCAGGACUUUGGGGCCUGCUGUUAACAAUGUUGUCACCGCUGCAGACUUGAACUCUGCGCUGCUACUCGUGACGAAGACAGACUCGACGCAGACUAACCCGACAGACGAAUGGCCAUUCUUCGAGCAGAUGGCCUCUUCUCGAAAAAGUGAAGAUUCCCUUCACAGCUGGGUGCCUGACUCGGCGUAUCACUCCUCGGCUUCCGGGUGCGAAACAACCGACAGCAACCCUGAGCCGGUAAGCUUGAAUACAAAGUCAAUUUUUGCCCUAAGCGAAGCACCGUCCGAGCCAAUCAAGCAGCCCCUACUGACGUACGAGUGGGACAUCCGGCCAUUCAGGAAGUACCGCAACCCGCCGUGGCCGGAGUUCAAGAGCGAGGUGCUGACGGUGGGCGAGCGUGGUUACCGGCUGAGACUUGAGGGCAAGUUCAAGUUCCUCAACUACCCGGCCCGCUUCCUGGCGCUCUACGUCAAGAUUCAGAAGGGCCCCGACGACGAAUCGCUCGAGUGGCCUUUCCGACGCAAGUGCUCAUUUGUGUUGAUGCACGCCAGGUACGAGCAGCGGGACAUCUUGUUCACGCUUGAAGACCACGUGAACGUCGAGAAAUUACCGCGAGCGACCAGACUUCGCAUCGAACGUCCCAAGGCGGCGGAGAACUUCGCGAUCGGUGUUGAACAGUGCGUGGCGGCGCAACAGAUGGUGGAAGGGGGCUUCGUCUACAAGAACGCAUGUAGAAUCCGCUUCAUCGUCGAGUAGCUGAAAGCACGACUUAAAAAAAACGCUUAUGUAAAGUUAAUGCAACUGCGACUACGUCCCCCGUGUUUACUUCUGCUCGUGAGUUUUCGCUGACAGUUUCUCCUGUCUGCUGCGCUCGGCCAGAGGAACAGGACAUCCAGCUGGUCUAUCGGAAAAUUCUCCAGAGCUCAAAUACAGGAAUGCGCGCCACUCUCAGACCUCGAGCAGCCGUAAGUCGAACGCGGCUCCUGCAGCACAGUGGUGUGUGGUUACGACCCAACAUGAUCGUGAACUUACCGUACCAAGUUGAGUUGUUGACGUGUAUAGGACUUGCAGUAUGCAUCAAGGUGCCCAUAAAGAAAGAACAGGCGCAAAAACGAGAUUCCAUCUAUACAAGGGAGUAAAACGCACUCUUGCAUACGAACGCGCAAUGUCUACAAAAAGUACACUUCGUUAUAAUUUGUUUCGGUGGUUCAGUCGUUAAG